CAGAUCGAUUUUGCGUAUUGCGUCUGUACCGUGCGAAUAGCCUGGUGACAGUCACAUUGCUUGAAGGUGCUACAUGUCCCAUUAGUGAUUCAUUCCUUCUGAAAUCAAACUCGACAAGGUUGGGAGCAAGCCCAUAAGAGAAUGGAUCCCCGUGGACAAGGCCAAGGCUUGAAAGGGUGCCCGGUGAUGGCAGGUGGCCAUGGCAAACCAUCUCAGCAGACACUGCCAGUAGGUGGACAUCCCGUCAUCGAAGCGUUGGCGAGCUUCAAUCGAGAGAAGAUCCCCGAGAGACCAGUUCAUGCCAAAGGCGCGGGUGCGUAUGGGGUGUUCGAGGUCACGGAAGAUAUCUCGGAUAUCUGCAACAUCGACAUGCUCCUCGGCGUGGGUAAGAAGACGGCGUGUAUGACGCGAUUCUCGACGACGGGGCUGGAGCGCGGUUCGUCGGAGGGGGUGCGUGAUCUGAAGGGCAUGGCGAUCAAGUUCUUCACGGAGCAAGGCGAAUGGGACUGGGUGUGCCUCAACUUCCCGUUCUUCUUCAUCCGCGACCCGAUCAAGUUCCCGGACCUGAUGCACGCGCAAACGCGCGACCCCCAGACCAACCUGCUGAACCCGAACCACUACUGGGAGUGGGUGACGGCGAACCACGAGUCGCUGCACAUGGUGCUGCUGCAGUUCAGCGACUUCGGGACGAUGUUCACCUGGCGCACGCUGAGCGGGUACGUGGGCCACGCCUUCAAGUGGGUGAUGCCAGACGGCUCGUUCAAGUACGUACACUUCUUCCUCUCGUCCGACCGCGGGCCCAAUUUCUCCAUGGGCCAGUCCACCGCAGACGACGCGGGCCUGCACGACCCGGACCAUGCCUCGCGCGACCUGUACGAGGCCAUCGAGCGCGGCGAGUAUCCCACUUGGACGGCCAAUGUGCAGGUCAUUGACCCGGCCGACGCCCCGAAGCUGGGCUUCAACAUCCUUGACGUGACCAAGCACUGGAAUCUGGGAACUUACCCCAAGGACCUGGCCAAGAUCCCCUCGCGCCCGUUCGGCCGCCUCACGCUGAACCGCAACCCGCAGGACUACUUCCGCGAGGUCGAGCAGCGCGCCUUCUCGCCCGCCAACCUCGUCCCCGGCGUCGAGCCCUCCGAGGAUCCCAUCCUGCAGGCGCGCAUGUUCGCCUACGCCGACGCCCAGCGCUACCGUCUAGGGCAGCAGCAAAGCCCGCCGCAGAGUCGUGCGUCAUCGACGACAACCGCCCCGAUUCAAUCCGACCCAGCUUUCCAGGAGUGGCUGUCUGAGGUAUCGUCACCGACCUGGUCCCAACCCCACGCCAACGACUACAAGUUCGCCCGCGAGUACUACUUGGUCUUGCCCGAGUUCCGCAGCCAGGACUUCCAGGACCGCAUGGUCGAGAACCUCGCCGCUUCGGUAGCCCAGACCCGGCCCGCGAUUCGUACGCGUGUGUACAGAACCUUUGAGCUGGUGCAUCCCGAACUGGCGCAGCGCAUCGAGACUUUAGCCGAGCAGAAGACCCAGCCGGCGACGCCUAUGGAGGCAGGGACUGAGGCACCACAGCAAAAGGCGCAUUUGUAAUGGUACUAGUAGCUUAGCUAGUAUGAGUUGGCUUAAUGACUAUGCCGGACAGCGUGGUCGCAAUUCCUAUGGACGUGACUCUUAGCUAAAAUGGAAU